CGUACUUGUUGCAAGACUUGACGAACUGUCUAUUCUAACAUUCUGAAAUGCCAUUGGGAGAGUUUUAUGCAUUGACAGAAGUCAGAGGAGCACAAAAAAGAGCAGCACUAAUAAGGGAAAUGAAAAAAGAGUCACUCAUGGUUUCACCUAUGGGUACAUCAGUCAGCCCCAAAGAAGAGGCGAUAAGAGGGACAACCAAGAUAACACAGACACCUAAUUGUACAAGCAAUGAAAAGGAAUACCAGCUAAUUCAAGUAAAGAACACAUGGCGUCGAGUUGACUGCGGGCAGGAGAUACCACAUUCUUGGGGAGAAAAUCAUUUUGUAGUUUCUCAGGCGAAAAUAAGUGAAAAAAUUACAGAAUCAGAAAUCUCGUGGACGGUGCAAGCACCAAUUUACUUCCAAUACAAAGUCAUAGAAAGUCAGAACCUAUUAGAUCCCUGUAAUAUGACACUUCUCUAUGGCCAUAUAUCAGAUCCCCAAGAGCUAGAAGUUUACAAAAAAAAUCCACAAAAACGAUUUAUUGUAAUAGAUGUGAAUGUUGAUGAAUUAUAUGGCUCUAAAGUCAGAGAGUAUUUAGAGGCCAACAAUGUCACUUUUAAAAUUCUUGCCCUUUCAACCACAGAGGAAACCAAGUCUAUGAAUCUGGUUCUGAAAAUACUAGAGGAAGUUCACAAGUUUGGCCUUGAUAGACGGACAGAGCCAAUCAUUGCCAUUGGAGGAGGUGUAUGUUUAGAUAUAGUAGGUCUAGCAUCAUCCCUUUAUCGGAGACGCACUCCAUACAUCCGAAUUCCCACCACACUCUUGUCUUAUGUGGAUGCAAGUGUUGGAGCCAAAAAUGGGGUCAAUUUCUGUAAUUGCAAAAACAAAAUCGGGAGCUACACUCCUCCUGCGGCAACUUUACUGGACCGCUCGUUUCUCAAAACAAUUCCACGGCGUCACAUCUCUAAUGGUCUUGGAGAAAUUUUAAAGAUGGCCUUAAUGAAACACAAAGGUCUGUUUGAGCUGCUGGAAAGCCAUGGAAAAUAUCUCUUAGAUACAAAAUGUCAGUCUAAAAAUGGUCUCACAAGUCACAGGGAUGCCGCACUCACAGCCAUGCGUUUAGCGAUUCAAACCAUGCUUGAAGAACUGGCACCAAAUCUUUGGGAGGACGACCUUGAUCGCCUGGUGGAUUAUGGGCAUGUCAUAAGUCCUGAACUAGAAAUGAAAGUGUUACCAGCACUGAUGCACGGCGAAGCUGUGAAUAUUGACAUGGCGUUCAUGACAUAUGUAUCAUUAGAAAAAGGGCUUCUUACACCACAGGAAAAGGAUCGCACACUCCAAUGUAUGAAAGGCUUGGAACUGCCAGUUUGGCACAAGGAUUGCUCUCUACAGCUUGUCACCAAAGCCUUGAGUGAAAGAUUCAAACACAGUGGUGGAUUAUGGCGCCUCCCUCUUCCUACUGGCCUUGGGGUUGCAGAAAUCUUCAAUGAUGUGUGUGAAGAAACUAUGAAAAAAGCCUAUCAUUUGUGGAAUAAAGAGUGCAGAGAAUUAUAGUUCUAAAGAAUUAGACUCCUUUAACUUCCAUGAAUUCUGUAAAGGAAGUGCCUGGAUUCCUUUUUAGCUAUAAACCGUGUGCUUUGAGCAUGUUUUUAUAAGUCUUACGGAAAUCACCAUUUUUGUUGCACUGUAAUGUAGAGUUAAAAGUGAAACGCGUUGUUACAAACCUAGUAUUCUGUGUAGUUCUAAAAGUGCAGUGCCACAUUCAGUACAUGAAAUAUUGUAUUUUUGUCUUUUAAAAAUAGGCAAGUUGUCUUAGAUCUCCGUCUACAUCUCUUAAAAAAAAAAAAGUCUAGCAAGAUUUUUGUGAACUUAAAUUAAGAAUGUUCUAAAAGACAUCACCAUUAAAGUCUAUGGCAAUUUUUGUAGAUAAAUCAUUUGGAAAGCUUAUUAAACCGGGGACAUAGUUUUUUUUAUUAAACAAUCACAUUUCAAAUGCAUUAACACCAUCAUAUAAAUAGUAAAAAUAAUUCAUUAUUGUGAUCUUGUAUUUUAAAACAAUUACAUAUAUCCACAGCCGUACUCUGAAUGUGUUAAGCAUAGUAAUACCAUUUUCUGGUGGCACUGUUUGUGAGGUUUUUCACUCUACACAUUUACUCUAUGUGUUUACAGAUUCCGUAGCAGAGAAGGGUGAAGUGAAUUUCUAGAACAUUUUCUCUAAUUGUAGAUAUCAUUAUAUUCUGCAGCUCAAAAAAGCUGCAAAUAAGCAAUGUAGCAUACAUACUGUUAAAAUACAUCUUUAUAUAUUGAAAGUGAAAUGGGGUUCUCUUAUCGCACUGACACAGUAUGUUCUUAUCAUGUUCACCCAGUAUAUUAAAAAAAAAUGUUGUAUAUUUUAGAUUAGUUUAAUAGUAUGUAUAUAUGUUGUGUUUGUUUUUUGCUAAUGGCAUAAUUGUAGUGAAUCAUGAACUGAAUUGCAAAAUGUAGACAAAAAUGUGGCUUUUAAAAAAUAAUUACUAAGGCAGAUCUCGGUUAACUGAGAUUUUGCAUUCAGAUUGGGUUGUGAGUAGGUGUCUUUUCUUGUUUUCCUGCCUCAAAUCACCAAGAUAUUGCAUUAAAAACUAGUGCCACUAUGAGGAUUGGGAACAACAGUGUAGAGAAUAAAAUAUUGUACCCUGUGGGUACUGUAACUAUGUCUGGGUUUUUUGCCCAAGCAUUCAGCUAUAAAAUUACUAGUAAAAAAAUAAUAAA